AUGGGUGAUGAUAAUGUCGGAAUAUACAGCUUUUUGAAUACGCACCAAUACCGAUUACCACAAUCAUGCGUUUUACAAAUUGAUGCCUUACUUAUAAAACACCAUGGUGUAGUUUUCUUUAGUAGAAAAGGAAAAACACGAGAACUGAAAAUCCACCUUUUAGUUACUAAAUUUUAUCUCCUUGAAAUCACAACGAUUCGCCAAGCUCAAUCUUUUAGUUUCAAAGUUCUCAGUCCAACACCCAUAACUCAUCCUGUCUUGGAUAACGGAAAUUUUGCCAAAAAAAGAGAAGCAGUUUGGAGGAAAGGGAAUCUUGUCGACACCAUUGAUUCAAUCAUCGAAGUCCUAUCAAACAAUCCAGAGCAAUAUACAGAGCGUCGGAAACAGUUGGAUGAAAUAGGGGAGAACUAUCUGAAUGGGAAAAUCGACACAACUACAUUUCAAGUGAGAAUUAAGGAAGUGUAUGGGGGCUGGACUUUUUUACAACAAGAGUUCGAAUAUGACUUUGAGAAAAAAAUGCAAGUCGAAUGGGAGAAAAGACGCAAAAUAUUAGAGAAGACGUUUGAUACAUUGAAAAAGAGAGGAAAAGUCUCCCAAAAAUCAUGCGACCAUUUCUUGGGAAUCAUACAGAAUUAUCAAGUUGAAGUUUAA